AUGAACAAAAUGAUACAAAUGAAUCAUCAAACAGAUAAUUUGACCGUCAUUCUCGAUGCUAAAGGUGUAAAUGAAGGCCUAACAGCUGCUUGUGUUGAUAUUCCACCAAUGAUCAAUGAAACGAUUGGUAUAAUAAAAAAUGGAGAUGAAGGGGAAAGAGCUUAUGUAACAACCGCUUGUUCUUAUUGUCAGAAACGACACAUAAGAUGCGACGACCAAAGGCCCUCAUGUCAAAACUGUCAAGAAAAGGGUCAUGACUGUGUUCGUAUUCAGCCGAAAGUUUCGCGUGGCCGUCCCCAAGGUAGGCUUAAUGGUCAGGGGAAAUCCAUCAAAAAAAUUACAAACAAUGGAGUUAAGAAAACUAGAAAACCUAGAAAAAAAUCAUUGAUCAAAUCUAAUGAUGUCAAAUUUAAUGAUAUCAUAAAAGGAUUACUCAAUAAUGAAGGUGUUGGUAUUGACGGAAAUAAUAAUAAUGAUCCAUCAACUUUGGGUUUUUAUAAUGGAUUGACACCCUCCUCAUCUUUUCAAAGUACAUUGUCAACACCUUCAUAUUCGUUCACAUCUUCGCAUGAUACUUACGACAUUAACAAUAACAAUACUGUCAUUGGAAGUGUGAAGAAUAUUAUUGAAUCUGGCAAUGAAGAUUUACAAGUCAAUCCACAAGGUAUAUUAAUUCACAACGUUGAUUUGGUUAAUGGUCGUGUUAUGCGUGAAGGUGGCUUUAUUAGUUUGAGUUCAGGCAUUGAAGAUUUGCAAGUCUAUCCUAGACAAUCACAAGGAGGUAAUCAUCGGAGCACUGAGGGCUGUGUCUUACCAACCUCAACCUAUAAUCAUCAAACCAAUGAUCAGCAACAAUCAAGCCAUGAUGAUUAUUAUGAUACGUAUUUAUAUACGUAUGAGCAAUUGAUGCAGUCAUCGGGUGUUGUUAUUGAUCCAGCGGUUCAAACACCACCAUAA